AUGCCGUCCCUUCAAGGACUAAGAGCAAAUAUGGCAUCACUCUCAGUCCUAGACCAGUAUAGAUUGUAUCUGACUGCAGAUUUUUCUUCACAACAUGGAUGUGUUGCUAUAGUGACUGGAGGGCUCUGUGGAAUUGGCUUUUCAACUGCAAAGCAUUUGGCAAAACUUGGCAUGCACGUCAUAAUAGCUGGAAAUAAUGAGAGAGAAGGCCAAGAAGCUGUAAAACAAAUAAAGGAAGAAACUCUGACCUCAAAAGUGGAAUUUUUAUUCUGCAACCUGGCUUCCAUGAAGUCCAUUCGGCAGUUUGUAAAGGAUUUCAAGGCAAAGAAUUAUCCUCUUCAUGUGCUGAUCAACAAUGCUGGGGUUAUGAUGGUCCCUCAGAGAAAGACUGUAGAUGGAUUUGAAGAACAAUUUGGUGUGAACUACUUGGGACACUUCUUAUUGACAAAUCUCCUCUUGGAUAUACUCAAGAAGACAGGCUCUCCACGCCACCAUGCAAGGAUCAUAACAGUGUCAUCGAGCACCCAUUAUGUAGGAGAACUAAACAUGGAUGAUUUACAUAGCAGAUACUGUUAUACACCUUGUGGAGCCUACGCCCAGAGCAAGCUUGCCUUGGUACUUUUUUCCUAUCAACUACAACAGCUUCUUGCAGCUGGAGGGAGUCACGUGACUGCUAAUGUAGUAGAUCCCGGAGUGGUGAACACUAACCUCUACAAGCAUGUGUUUUGGCUUACAAAAGUGGUCAAGAAGCUUACUUACUGGUUGUUGUUCAAGACUCCAGAUGAAGGGGCAAUCACAUCCGUAUAUGCAGCAGUUGCACCAGAGCUAGAAGGAGUUGGAGGCUGCUACCUUUGUCAUGAGAAGAUUAUUAAGUCUUCCUCUAUAACCUAUGAUGAGGAUCUACAGCAGAAGCUAUGGGCAGAAAGUUGCAAGAUGGUUGGAAUACCCAAUUUGAUCAACAAAGUCAUCUCAACAUAGUUGCUUCCUCCUUGGAAAUCUUGGAAAUCUCCAUGAGUCUCAUGAAUCUCAAAUGACGUUUAUAUUUUCUAUGCCUUCAUUUUUCAUAUGGACCUCUUGGAUUAGUGAAUGCCACUCUGACAAUAAGUCCCUACCUGCCCUUUCUGUGCAGUUCUUGUCAAUGCUUUGCAAUAAAUCUGCAAAUCUGCCAAGGGGUUCAGAAUUGGAGGAGAGGGGUAAACAACCCAGCAAUGUGUUAGGUGCUUUCCUCUAGUUCUCUUGCCAGUGCAUAAAAACUGAAGUGGGAGAAAGAAUCCUCAUGCCAAACUGGGUAGACUGUGAUACUCAAGCCAAUAAUUUGUUUUGUAUUCAUAAUAUUUCAAGUUGUGA